AUGGGACGCCCAAAGGUACUCCCAGCGAACCGUCUGCGGGCCAAUACCGCCUGCACGGCAUGUCGUGCAUCGAAAAAGCGAUGCAGUGGCUCUUUUCCCUGCACCAAUUGUAUCCAUAAGGGUCGUGCUCAGACUUGCAUCCCUUUCAAAUCAGCCUCAUCAACUAGACCAUCUACACUUCCACGUACUCGGCGGGAACCAGCAGCAUUGCGGCAGCCUGUCGGGACGACUCCUAUUUCACCAUGCCAAGGAACAAGUAGCAACAAUAUGCAGAGUCCGCGAUCCUCACGGAUUCAAGAGGGAAGUCCAUCCGACCGGCGUGUCGAACAGUCCCUCAACCAGGGCUCCCGGUCCCCUGAGGCGACGCAUCGAACUCAUCCCAGGAUGCUUCGAAGCCUCCAGGGCGAAAGAGUCUACGUUGGCAAGGCCGCUUCCUUGUCCUUUCUCCAGUUGCUUCGAGAGACGGUGACGCAGCAUAUUGGCCCAUCACAAUUCUCCCAUAACUACAGGAGUGAGGACAUGCUAGAGACGGAAGCUCACCAUGAUGCUCUCGAUUUCUCCGCAGAUGCCUGCAAUAUCGAGGCCAGGCGAAGCUUUGUGCAAAAGUUCUCAAUAGCAACUAGUGGGCUCAUUCAUCUGAGUCUCGACACGGAUAAAUUGCUGGCAGAACAGCAAGAUUUGAACUCAACACGUGGGCAAAUCCAUGCAGCCAUUGGAGAUUUAAUGAUCGCUAUCGGGGCGCAAUCAUGCUCGGAUGAGCCUGACAACGUGAGAAUUCAGCAAUAUUUUGCUGAGCGCGGACAACGCCGCGCAUUUUCCAGUAUGCUGGAGGAUCCUAGUUUGGAUAUCGUGCGAGUAUUUCUUCUCCUGUCUUUCUAUAUGUUUGGAGCAUGUCGUCGCAACGCAGCUUUUAUGUAUCUCGGAGUGGCUACUCGGGCAGCGGUCGCACUGGGACUUCACGUGGACUCUUCCGGGUCCUCAACUCCCGCCGCGCAAGAAGAUAGGUCUCACCUCUGGAUGAGCCUCUGCACGAUCGACCUCCUGGCGAGCUCGAUCUUGGGGCGACCAGCAGCGACGGCGGGACUACUUUCCUGGAGCCGAAACGACCUUGCUUUGGGAUCUUCGCCGGCCGAAGCAGGCUUGCUUGCCUCGUAUCAGCUAGCGCUGAUCAUCGAUGAGAUAACCACUCGAUUGUACAGCGAACGAUCUGCCUCAACCGAGACUGCCGAUCUACUUCUAGCCAAGUUGAACAGCUGGAGCAGUCUACUACCAGAGUGUCUACGGACCCCGUUGGUAGGAAAUGAUGAUCCAGUUGCGGCGCAAGAGCGUAUCAUUGGCAACAUGCAUGUGGCGUGUUGUUAUCAUUUUGCUGUGAUUCUUGUAACACGGCCGUUCUUGAUUACUACACUUAGUGUUCGGCUGGCCCGGCUUCACCAAACUUUUGCCUCUGUCACUCCUCAUGAGCCACUCGAAGAAGAUCCGGCACAUUCUCGGUUGGCAGCAGCAUGCAUUGAUUCGGCUGUGUAUAUGCUACAGACGUGCAGAGAGAUUCAUCAAUCAGAGCUUCUCCUACGACAAAUGUCAAUUCUCAAAGCCUUCGUAUUUGCCGCCGCUCUUGUGCUAGGAUUCGCCAUGUUUGCUCACCGAAGCGUCGAUACUGAAAUUGACCAUGCAUUCACAGGAGCUUUGAAGAUUCUGCAAAUGCUGUCACAGCAAUCGGCACAAGCCGCCCACUAUCUGGAAAUUCUCACACUACUGGAAAGCGCCGUCAAGCAGCAACGGCAACGACUGUCAGCACAGGCGCGUCAACGAAGGAGCCAAUAUGUGAACCGGAUUUUCAGUCUGAGCGAAAUCCCGUCCACAACGCCAGCCCCGAGCCAAGGUACAGACUUCGGCCACUCUGGGACCGGCACUCCUGUUCAAGUUCAGAGUGGUCUUUUCUUUCCUAUGAUUUCGAAUGACGAGGAAAAUGCGAUUGUGACUCCUCCCAUCUUAGAUGGUGUAUUCUUAGAUUGGGAAGGCAUGGAGCUCCCGCUUUGGGACAGUUUUCCCUUUACCGAGCCAGGCUCAUCUGUUUUGCCCGGAGCAAGUUUAGAAUGA